AUGGCCCCCCUUUUCUCCCCACCCAGCAGGAAGGAGCAGUGCCGAGGGUGGCAGCAGUGGGAGGAGGCGGCGUGGCAUCGAGAUAGAAGGAGGGUGGGAGCAGGCGCAGGGGUACAAGGGAAGCAUGGACGGUGGAGGAGGGGUGAUGGGGACAGAGAAGGGGAAGGCAGGGGAGGGGUGAUGGGAGUGAGUGAGAGCGAUGCAAAAGGUUGUGCUGCUGUUGGUAGAGAAAGUGGCAAUGAAGCAGAGGGGAAUAUGCCAGACGGAGAAGGAGCGGGAGAGCACGGGGCGAGGGAAGGGGGAACGCACGGGGCGAGGGAAGGGGGAACGCACGGGGCGAGGGAAGGGGGAACGCACGGGGCGAGGGAAGGGGGAACGCAGGGGGAAGAGGAAGCGAGGGAGGCCGCUGUAAGGGCGAUGGAGGCGUUUCUUCUGAGGCCACAGCCUUACGAGAUUAUGUCCGACCUAUCAACCUUAACUCCCCUCUGCACCACCUCACUACCCUCUGCACCACCACACUACCCUCUGCACCACCACACUACCCUCUGCACCACCACACUACCCUCUGCACCACCACAGUACCCUCUGCACCACCACAUUACCCUCUGCACCACCACAGUACCCUCUGCAGCACCACAGUACCCUCAGCACAUCAUGUCCGACCUCUCAACCUUACCUCCCCUCCCCCGCAACUCACUGUCUCUCAAUCGCCCCAUGCACCCACCCACAAACUCCACGCAUUGCCUCACUGCUUCCUCCUCUUCCCAAAACCACCCCCCAGCAAGGAGCGGAAUAGAGGGUUGCAGCAGUGGAGAAGCCAGCGAGCCAGCUGCCAAAAUAGAGAGCGCCAGCUGGAGUGCUGCUCCCCUACCAGCCAGGAGCGGUGCCGAGGGUGGCAGCAGUGGGAGGUGGCGGCGUGGCAUUGAGCUCACAGGAGGGUGGGAGCAGACGCAAGGGUACAUGAAAAGAAUGGACAGUGGAGGAGGGGAGUUGGGGGCGGGGAAGAGGGGGGGCAGGGGAGUUGUGAUGGGAUUGAGUGAGAGCGAUGCACGGGGUUGUGCUGGUGUUGGUAAAGGGGGUGGCAGUGGGGCAGAGGGGAAUAUGUCAGACGGAGAAGGAGUGGGUGGGCAAGGGGCGAGGGAGGGGGGGAAUGCAGGGGAAGAGCAAGCGAGGGAGGACGCUGCACGGGUGACGGAAAGGUUUCUGAGACCACCGUCUCCUGAGGCUGCAUCCGAUGCUGUCACGAGGUGUGCUCUCACCAUCACGAUGUGCACUCUCACCAUCACGAGGUGUGCUCUCAAGGAACACCACUUAUUGGUGGUGGUAGACAUUGCGUGGCUGCAGAAUCGGAGUUGCUUCUCCCCUUGUGCCCAUCCCCUGCCCGUUCGUUCCCAUUGGUGCGUUGGUGAACCUGAUUGGCUUGCUAGGGUGAGCGUUGAUUGGGUGCCAGCACGGAUGGCCGCCCGGGAUAAGCAGCAGCAGACACCGCGCAUUGCAUGGUACUUAACCAAGUCCGGCCUUUAUUCCGUUUCCGUGCAGGGCUCUGAAGGCCAACCCCCCGGCGGUGCAGGCACCAACGAGGAAGUGCAGUCGGAGGAUGGGUCUGACUGGGAGAGCGACUUCGACGACGGUGAUUCAACUGAGAGCGAUGAUGACGACAGCGCCGUCGACGAGAACGAUUUCAACACAGCCUUAGAGUUCUUCCGCUUCGUCAUCGGAUGCAAUGGCGGCCAAGGACUCAGCGACGAGGCCACGGUCUGGCUUUUCAAGCUCCUGCGCGACCCCCGCCUGGAUCUGGAGGCUAUUCGCCGCUGGCGAACCAAACACGCCGUCCUUCAGUACGGACUUCGCCUCAUGAUGGCGAGGCGGGUGUACAGGCAGGUGGAAGUGCGCAUCCCAGGGAUCGACCACACAUUCGAGCUGAUGUGUACCAGCCCUAUCGAGGGAGUCGUGGAGAUAUUCGGCCACCGUGACAAUGCAGAUGGCUUCCAGCUGUUUGCCCGUCCGGUACACUCGGUGGCGGGACGCGUGUACACAAGGCCGGAGACUGGUCUUCUGUGGGAAGCCGCACAGAACGCCCUGGACGAGAUCUAUGGCCCGGGCCAGGUGGUGGCCCCCAUCAUACUUUCAAGUGAUGCUAUGAUUCUCAGCGGGAACGAGCGCGUGAAAGUUUGGGCGGUUUACCUAAGCAUCGCCAACAUCCACCUCCGUCUCCGUUGGGGUGAUUCGGGGAAGAUUCUGCUUGCACUACUCCCAAUGCCUGUCCAUGGAAUGACGGCCGAGCAGAAGGUGCAGCUCUUUCAAGCUGCGAUGCAGGUGGUCCUCGCUGACCUGAUUGCCGCAUCACACACGCGUCAGAAUGCACUACACCCAGGCGCCAGGCAGGCGGGACUGCUAACUCCUGGAGACGCGAGCUACUGGGUCUCUGGUGCCAACUUCACCGCGUCGGAGCAUGCCGCUGUCAUGAUGGUGCGCCCCUACCUUCUAGUUUAUGCUCUCGUACGAGUGCCCAAUGGACGUGAUGGUUGUCAGAUGGCAUUUGCUGACUACGCGCUUCCUGUGUGGCAGAUUGUACCAUUCGUGCUGGAGGGGGAAGUUGCGGUCAUUUGUAGCCGCACGAUUGUCGCCUUUCUGGACUGGCACGAGACUUUCGUGCGGGCUGCGGAGCACACGGAUGAGAGUCUGAGUGCAUUCGACACUGCCACUCGCAGGAUGGUGCAGUUGGUGGAAAGCACCUUUCCACGCGAGCACUCUGGGUGGAACCUUGUGAAGGUGCACCUGCUGCUUCACCUUACUGAGGCGAUUCGAAGGGGGGGCCUGCCACGAGAGUACUCCGCAGCGGUGUACGAGAACGCACACAUCCGCACCUGCAAGAGGCCGUACCGACAGUCCAACCAUCGGGACGUGGGGCGUGUGAUUGCGCAGCACAACACCAACGCUGCUCUACUGACCCGUAUCCCAACCAACCUCGAGGGCAACCGCCAGUACAACACCGCGAUGCGCCGGGCAAUCGCCAGUGGGCUGCCUCAGCUGUGCCGCCAGCGAUCCAGGAUGCACAGCGCGAUCACGGACAGGGAGCAGGCUCCCCUGGACCUGUACGCGACGUUCGAUGCCGCAAUCCCGGGAGGCAUUGGGCCAUACGCCUACUUGACGCGCCUCUUUGGCUACGUCUCUUUUCCGGCGUGGGUCCACACGGCGCUGGCUCUACCAGCCCGCGGGACGGACCACGGCCUGAUCAGGCCACACUAUGUCCGCGCCAACCCCUCUCACCACGGUGCUGCCACAUUCUCGUUCAUUGAGUACGAGGAUGGGACUGGGGAGACCGUGGUCGGCCGCGUGCACCUGCUCCUGACGCUGAUGAUGAACAGCGAGGAUGCACACCCCGCGGGAGAGGCCGUGGCCUUCGUGAGGCAGUGGUACCCCUACCUGGAGGACGAGUGCACUGGCUGCAUGAGGAUGCGGCCAUCUGAUGACGAGCUGAGCUACAACCUUGUGCCGGUCGCCUCCGUGCAGAGGACCGUGCACAUGGUGGAGUCGUUUGUGACGCCUGGCCUCUGGUAUCUUAACAGGUGGGCUGGCCGAUGCCGCGAGGAGUUGCCCUAA